CAUAUGUGUGUGUGUGUGUGUGUAUAUAUAUAUAUAUAUACUCACUUAGAUUUUGUGAAUGUUUAGAUAGUCUUAAUCAAGUAUGAUGAACUAUUUGUACUCGUCUUCGAUAGAUUCGGAAGAGGUAGAAGACCCCUCGCUAGAUGAAAUGUCCAUUGAUGUCUCAUUAGGUACGGUGGAACGGCUCAAUAAGUACGUACAAAGUACAUUGUUUUUACAUAGAUUGUAUGUAGUCAAGGACAUCUCGGAGAGUAUACGUACUGUUGAGUAUGAUACAGUGGUCAGUGAUAUACUGCCUGUGCUCAUGCAGUUGGCAGCCGAUGCUGAGCCGUUGAUACGAGAACCGCUUAUGCAAGAACUGCCUAAAAUGGCAGAACACUUGAUGUCGAGCAACGGACCGGAUUGCUACACACACGUGCGAGAUACUAUAUUCCCGAUACUGUAUAAGCAUCUAUUAGACGACGUAGAGAAG